UUGUCAUUUGUGCUGUCUUGCUGCAAGUAAAAAUAGAGAAAAUUUGUUGUGGUCGGAAAAAAGUAGUAGGAAAUUGUUGUGCAAGAACAUCUGAAAAAAAAUAAACAAUGUUUUGUUAAUGCAUUAAAAACGUGAACAAGUUAGAAAGAAAAUCAAGCAACGAAAUGGAAGUGUUUCAAACAGAUAAUUAUUAUAUAUUCGUUAAACGAGAGAAAAGUCUUUGGUGGUCUCGAACAACAUCGGAAUUUAGUAUUAAAUCAGGAUGGGAUCUCUCUUCCGUGGAUGACAUCGAAUGCAUUGGCAUAACACAUGGCAUUGUGGGUGUUAUAUCGCUGCCCAAUGUCUAUGAAUCUCAUCUUGUGAUAAUUAAGGAGGCUACACCAGUCGGUGUACUAUAUCCGCCACAUUUAGUGUACAAAAUUAAGUCAAUAUGUAUUUUAAGUGCCGAUGAACCUGAUACUACUUUAACACCUUGCACCCGACACUCGAGGAGUUCGAAUACCACACCCACUCAUUCACGCAACUCCUCUGCGGGAUCAUCGUCAUUGAAUAAUGUCAAUGCCAAUUCGACAACGUCUUCGCGAAGCAAACUCUUCGAAGGCAACCAGUUGAUGAAUAAGACAUGGGGUGCCGUAAAAAGUGCUGGAACGACCAUUAAAAAUACCACACAGCAAGCGGCUGCCUUGGCUUCAAAUCAGGUCAAAUCAUCGGUAGGCAUACGUGAUCCGUCGCGUAUUGAGAAACGCAUUACCGAAGAAUUGCACAAAAUAUUCGAUGAGACGGAUAGUUUUUAUUUUUGUUUCGAACAUGACAUUACCAAUAAUCUUCAGAGGCAUUUGCAAGCUGACUCCACGGAUCAACAGACACCGGAUGAGAGAUUCUUUUGGAAUAUGCACAUGAUUGAUGAUCUGCUGAAAUUGAAUGAUAAAACCUGGACUUUGCCCAUCAUUCAAGGAUUCGUUCAAGUUGAGCCCUGUGUCAUUGGCAAUGAAUGCUUCACCUUGGCUUUGGUUUCAAGACGCUCCCGACAUCGUGCUGGCACUCGUUACAAGCGUCGUGGUGUCGAUGAACAUGGGUAUUGUGCAAAUUAUGUGGAAACCGAGCAAAUACUCUCCUUUCGUCAUCAUCAGCUGGCUUUUACACAGAUUAGAGGUUCAGUGCCAAUUUAUUGGUCACAGCCGGGUUAUAAAUAUAGGCCUCCUCCAAGAUUGGAUAGAGGCGAACAAGAAACCCAAGAAGCCUUUGAAGCCCAUUUCACCAAGGAACUUGAUACCUAUGAUGGCGUUUGUAUUGUCAAUUUAGUGGAACAAAGCGGCAAGGAGAAGCUUAUAGGCGAUGCCUAUGCUAAGCAUGUUCUGAAAUACAAUAAUGAACGCAUUGUCUAUAUAACCUUUGAUUUUCAUGAUUAUUGUCGAGGCAUGCGUUUUGAAAAUGUUUCGGCCUUGGUCGAAGCUUUGGCACCCGAAGCUGGUGCCAUGGGUUUCCAUUGGCGUGAUCAGCGGGGUGUUAUAUGCAAUCAGAAAUCCGUAUUUCGUGUCAAUUGCAUGGAUUGUCUGGAUCGUACGAAUGUGGUACAAACUGCCUUGGGCAAAGCCGUAUUAGAAUCACAAUUAGUGAAAUUGGGUAUGGCACCGCCAUAUACUCCCAUACCGGAGGCAUUGAAGUCGCCUUUCAUGGUGCUAUGGGCCAACAAUGGAGAUGUCAUAAGUCGUCAAUAUGCGGGAACCAAUGCCUUGAAGGGCGAUUAUACUCGCACUGGAGAACGUAAAAUAAGUGGCAUGAUGAAGGAUGGCAUGAAUUCGGCAAAUCGUUUUUUCAUACAAAAUUUUGCCGAUACAUUUCGUCAAUGCAUGAUCGAUUUAAUGCAGGGCCAACUAAAUGAUGCCCAACAAUUGAGGGAGGAUGAGGUGUUGACAACCAUACUCCAUAUAUUGUGCCCCUCAACGCCAGCCCCGACGAGGGGUUACUUCUAUGCGGGUGUAUUGCAACCGGAAUUGCAAUUAUUGGAACAUGUCAUCUAUACCAGCUACUAUCUGGCUCGUUUUAAAGAUAGCUAUCGUCAAGCCACCAUAGAUCUAAUGUUAGGAAACCCUGUAACCUCGGAGUCUUUAAACGCGUUAGGGGGUCAAACGGCCCCAGACGACACCGAUGCUUCGGAAGGCGCCGAACACGCAAAAUUGCUUGUGGAGGAUUGUCGUAAACUACUAUUGGGGUCAGCCCAAUAUCCAGUGGGUGCUUGGGGCCUAAUAGAUGCCGAUCCAGGUUCUGGUGACAUAAAUGAAACUGAAGUUGACACCAUUCUAUUGUUGACCGAUGAAAGCUAUAUAGUGGCCGAAUAUGAUUCCCAUUUGGAUAAGAUUGUUCGUUUCGAAAAGGUCUCUUUGGAAAAUAUCAUCAUGAUCGAAUUGGGCAUGUAUCAGCAGUCGAAAAUGUUCCAAGGCUCUUCGCCAGCCAUGUUGUGUUUGAGAAUCAAUUAUACCGUAGAUGGAGUCGAUGGCUAUUUCCAUAUGUUUCGUUCGGCCAAUAUAAGAUUUUUCAAUAACAUGGCCUAUCCCAUAAAGACUCAAGAGGAAAUAUCUGAAUCUAUGCAAUCCAUAGUGGAAAUGUUUCGCAUAGCUUUGGACACCGUGGGCAAUGAUGCCAAAUUCAUAACUGGUGGUGUGCUACAAAGACGUAAAAGCAAAAAUCCUUUACUGGAAGUUCCCAAGGGUAUGCCAAGAAAUCUUUCCGAAUCUCAAUUACUACAAUUAAGUUCAAAAGCCUUCUCAAAUGUCGCCGGUCAAUUCUCAAAACUGGGCCAAUCACUCAAUCCCAAUAAGAACAAGUCAACAACGAAUAAUGCCGCCACAGCAGCAUCCUUUACAAAUCAAACCGCUCAAAUCAAUCCCCAGGUAAUGCGUCAAUCACAAUCUUCCAUAGACAAGUGUAUGGAGGCAACGGAGAAGCCCCUAUUCACCGUAGGCAAAUCCAAACUAUCCACAAGCGGCUCAGAUUCCGAAGAAAACGAUAGCAGUUUAUUUGAACCCGAUGUGGAUUCCGAUACGGAAUUAGCCAUUUCGGCCAAGACAAAUUUCAAUUUCAACAACGACAACAAUUUUCUACCUUCGGUGGGUAUUGUCAUGGGCAAUGCACAAGAGGCAGUGGAAAUUCAAUCGCCCAAUUCCGAUAUGAAUAUGCAACAGCUUAUGGACAAAGAUAAUGCCAUGAAGCAUACGGAAAAUGUCAAUUCGAUAUCAAUUUCCUCGGUGGCGAAUAAUGUCACCCUGCCCACGGGUCUAUUGGAAAAUGCACCACCCAUACGACCUAUUACACCCAAUCCACAGAUAUGUGUGCAAGAAGAUGUGAGUGCCUCGGGUUCGACGCCAGAGAAUCAAUCAAGAUCUACAUCACCCAAAGAUCUAAAGUUGCCAAUAGAAGCGGGCAAAUUGAAACAACUCAAACAAAUGACCAGUCCAUUAUCCAAGAUAGCCAAGGGAGUACAAAGUAUUGGCAUGAAUUUGGAUCCCAGGAAAAUAGCCACCAAGUCUGGCGUCUUAACUCCAACCUCCACCAGUUCAGCUGAUAAUACACCACCCGAAAGAAGCACCAACAACAAAUUGCAAUUGGAGGAAAUGUGGCAGGAGCAUAAAUGCAAAUCGAAAUUGAUAGCCUUGUAAAU